UGAUAACGAGGCCUUACUUUAAAGGAUAUGCCUUGUCUAUUAGAAGGCCAUUUGUGCAUAGCUAAAGCCCCGAUUGCCGUAAUGCCUGCUAUCCAUGCUGUCGCCCUAACAAGCCUCUGUACUGUUGCCAACAAACACAGCUACCAUACUACUAAGAGACUGAUCCUUACUUAGUAACCCACGUCUUCGUGCGCUCUGUGCUGUAUCGUUGACCACACGACGUCCAGGUCCUAGAACUCUGGACUCCUUCUUAGAAAUGAUUGCAUAGAAUGGACAGUGACAGCGACGAUUUUGGGCUGGACGAUACUGGCGACCUGGCGAUAGACCAUGGAGACGACUUUGCAGUUAAACCGCGGGCAGGCGCUGGGGCAACACGCGAUAGCCUAUUCAGCGAUGACGAUGGUGACUUUGACAGCGGAGGCGGAGGCAGAAGCCUGCCGCCCCCUCAGCGCCCUGCUGCACCGGCCCCACCUCCGCGGCCAUCUGCGCCUGCGCCAUCCCGCCGGCAUGCCACCUCUGGCGACCUUUUCAGCGAGGACGCAGAGGAAUUUAGCAAUGACCUAGAACUUACCGCUGGCGAUGAUAGCGGUGACAUCGAAAUCGACCACGCGCCGGCUCCCGUCGCCCACCAACGACCGGCACCACCGCCACCUCCUCCCGCCCACUACACCGAUCCCUCCAUGUCCCUGGAGCUGGACGCAAACGACUCAGAGCUGGCGGACCUGCUGAACGACAAGCCGCAACCGCCCCAUCACCAUCAGCAGCACGCGCUCCGCGCUGCCUCACCCCUGCCACCCGCACCCCUGCCCCCCCCGGGGCGCAGUGUCACACCCAUCGUGCCAGCAGCUGCCCCCCAGCAGCCCUCAGCUGGCGCCUCGGGCAGCUACGGACUGGACGCAGAGGACUCGGAGCUAGCGGAGCUGCUGGGGGAGGAGGGACCCGCGGCGAAGAGGCCAGCGGCGGCGCUGCCGCCGCCACCUCCACCUCCUCCCGCCCCUGCUCCUCCGCUGGCGAAGAAGAUCAGUUUCCAGGAGCCGCCGGCAGCGGAGCCGUCGGGCCUUGGUCGGCCGCCGCCGGCAGCAGCUGCGAGGGGCCCCUCCAUGCACCGUGACGCCCGGCCCGCGGCUGCGAUGCCAAGCGAUGAUUUUGGGGACAUGGACGACGAGGAGGGAGAGGGAGGCUACGGCAUUGAGGAUGAGGCUGAUCGGGAGGUGGCCAGGAUCGCCUCUCUGAACAGCCGGCGAGCACAGAGCGUGAGCAGCGGCAACAGGGCGGCGCCAGCGCACCGGUCGCCUGCGCCCCAGGACAGCUUAGCGGACGAUUUUGCCAGUGAGGAGGAAGCGUACUUUGACGCGCCGCGGCAGGGCUUGAACCGCCCGCCGCCGCCGUCCCCGCCACUGCCGGGCGGCGGGCCGCCUCAGGCGACGUUCCGGCGUGUGCCGCAGCAGGGCGGGGGCUUCAGGGAGGGAUACGAGGACUCGUACUACGAGGAUUCGUAUGUGGAUUCUUCACUGGAGCGGAACGGCCGGCCGCCGCCACGCGGCAUCCCACCCCGGAACCACGGCAGGGAGCCCUCAGGCGAGUACUACAGCAGCCAAGAAAUGUACGGCGAAGACACGUACGGCGACGAUGGGGACAUGUACGACGACAGGGCCUCCCCUGCGGCGGCCUUUCGACGUGUGCCUGCGCCCGCAACACACGCCCCGCCCCACCACGCCCCUCCACCACCACCAGCACACCCUCACCGCCCGCCGGCUCCGGGACCGUACGACAGCGGUGAAAAUCAGUACGAGGACGAUCAGUACUACAGCGAGGAUGACGGUGAGGACGACUUUGCGGAUGACGUCAGCUGGGACGGGGAGAUCCGCCACAGCCGCGGCGGCUACGAUGGGGACCGGGGGCGGCCCAGUUCCGCGGGGCAUCCGCGUUCCCGCGGGCCGCAUGCGCAGGGGGGUCGCCGCCGUGCGCUGUCUGCGCUGCCGCCCCGCGACCGGCAGGCGGCUAUCCUGGAGGACAUGAUGAGCCGCCACCCGAGCACCUGGGACAUUCGCGAGGUGGCCACCUGGGUGGAGUUCAUCGGCAUGGGGCAGUACCGCUCCAAGUUCGUGCACCACUCGGUGGACGGCACGCUGCUGCUGGCGCUGGGGGAGCCGGAGCUGGCGCGCGAGCUGCGCAUCCUGCCGCUGGGGCACCGCAGGGCGCUGCUGGGCGCGAUUGCGGAGCUGCACGAGGCGGCGGAGGCGGCAGAGAAGGAGCGGGCGGAGCGGGGCCUGCCGCCCGGGGUGCCGGUGCAGCGAGCUAGGACGGAGGCGGAGCGGGUUGCGGAGCUGCGGCGGCGUGCAGCCCUGCAGGAGGGCCCCCGGCGGCCGGCGGGUGCGGGUGCGGGCGUGAUCCCCCCCGAGCCCUACCUGGGUCCCGCACUGGGUAAGAUGACGGUGUACGAGCAGCGGGCCAAGCUGCUGUACCAGCUGGACCGGGCGCGGCACCGGGCGGCGCAGCAUGCAGCUAUCAUCGAGCAGCUGGCCAACAACAAGGCCCUCACCGAGGCCCAGAUGGCCGAACUGCGCGGCAAGCUGAAGGACCUAGAAGCCAAGCACAAGGACGACCUCACCGCCGCAAACCGCCGACCCGGCAUGACACUGCCCCUGUCCUCCGGCGGCGGCGCCGCCUCCGCCGCCGCGGACCGCCACGGCGGCGGCGCCGCCAACGCUGCGGACGCAGAGUACGGCGCCGACGCUGCCGUACCAUGGCAGCCUGUGGGACGUGGCACACGACUGAACCCCUACCCGGAGCGCUUUGCUCGGCGGCCCGGGGAUGAUCCGGAGCUGGAUCUGACGUUCCGUCCGCGCACGUUGCGCAUCCAGGACGUGCCUGCGGGUGCCGUACGGGACAUCGUGGCGAAGGCGCUGGGCAGCCGAGUGCCCUUUUGGCGGCGCAUGGACUACGAGUUUGAGAAGAUGCGGAAGGAGCGGGAGGCGAAGGAGGAGGCGCGGAGGCUGCGGAGGGAGAGGCUGGGGAUGGCGAGGCGGGGCGGUGGUGGCGGUGGUGAGGAGGAUGAGGAGCAGGCGAAGAGCAAGCACUGGAAUAACUACUGGGUUCCCGGCAGUGUGAAGAACAGCAGCUACCACAAGAAGUUCAACCGCGGCAGUGAGAAUGCGGAGCUGGCGCAGUACCGCAGCUUCGCAAAGGACAAGACGCGACUGAGCCGCUGGUUUGCAAAGUUCGUGGAUGACGGCGAGGCGACGGAGGGCGAUGUGGUUCUGGAGCGGCUGGUCAACCGCAUGAUCCGGGCGCUGGUCAAGACGAAGGACCAGAUGGCGGGUGAGAUUGGCGAGACGUUCGACAAGCGCGUCCGCCGCUACUUCGAGGAGCGCGGCUACAAGUUCGCGACCACCACCAGCAACACAAUCAUGGUCCGCGCCCGCGGCACCCGCCGCCCCGCGCCCGACCGGCCCGACACCACCCUGUACGACUUCGAGCAGGUGGAGCAGUACUACCCGGACUACCUCAAGAAGAAGAGUGCGCAGGACGGAGAUGCGGGGGGCGGCGGUGAUGGCGGGGAGGAGGAGGAGACGCGCAUGGUACCCAAGCGCACCACUUGGAAGCGCCUGGUGGCGAUAUACUACAUGGAGCGGCAGAAGAAGCUGCGGGCGGCCAUUGCCAUGGUCAAGAUGAGCCAGUUCGUGGCGCGACAUGGCCCCCGCUGGCCCCCCGAGCGCGACCGCGACGGCUCCAAGAGCGCCGCCUGGGUGCCCUCCAGCUCCGCGGGCGCACUGCACCAGGUGGACGGCCGCGACCGCACCUUCAACGAGGUCGGGCGGGAGAACAUCUCGCGGCAGGUCAAGCUGAAGAAGGCGCUGGGUCCGCCCCAGCCCAAGACCUUCCAGAUGCGAGUCCUGGAGGAGGAGGCGCUGGAGGGCAAGGCAGACGCGCUGUUCGCCCAGCUGGGCUGGCCGCACUCCGCCUGGGAGCCCGGACAGGGGCCCCCGGAGGAGGCGCUGCUGCUGCCGGACGAGGAGGAGGAGGAGGAGCAGGGGCUGGAGGGGUUUGGGCUGGAGACUGAAGGAGGAAGAGGCGGGGAUGGAGGGGGUGGGGGUUCGGAUCAGCGGAGGAGGGGCAGGCGGCGGUGGGCGCCAGUGAUGGAGUUCUUCCCGGCGCUGGAUGCGCUACUCGGUCGUGCAUUGGAGCUGCGGCGGCUGCAUGACGAGUGGCUGGAGGCGAGGCAGCGGGCGAAGGCCCGAGGCUACGGUGAGGACCAGCUGUCGCAGCAGCGGCCCCUCGUGCAGGAGCUGGACUGGAGUGGCGACCUGUUAAUGGACAUGCAGCAGCGGGCCAUGGAGCGGCAGCGGCAGCAGUGGCUGCUGGCCUGGGAGCAGAAGCGGCGGCAACGCGAGCGGCGGGCGGAGCGGAUGCGGCGGGAGGGCGUCCGCGAGGACGUGAUACAGCGCGAGCUGGGUCGGCAGCAGGAGGCCCACGAGGUGGAGGACGCGGUUCGCAACCACCUCUACCGCUUCGUGACGCUGCUGGCGCGCUACAAGGAGCGAGACCUGGCGCGAUUCCGGGACGAGCUGAAGGGCACCAAGAAGAAGAUGGCGGUGUACAGGGCGCUGUGCAGCCAGAUGUUCCUGGACGACACGCGCGAGAAGCAGCAGAAGCGCGAGCAGGCGCUGCACGCCGUGUACAACAGCCUGGCUGCGCGCACCCGCGGCCGCCGGCAGCUGUCGGCCGCCCAGGAGGGGGCGGUGGUGGACCGGCUGGUCGGGGACGCCAGGAAGCGGGAGCGACGACACCGGGAGCUGGUGGAGCGGCAGCUGGAGGAGGAGGAGUCCUCCCUGACUCCCUGGUACAUGCUGGCGCCCUCCAGCCGGCUGGGCAGCAGGAACCCCUCACCCGACCCGCCCACAUCCCCGGGCCCCCCCGCCCGCACCCGCUCCCCCGGCGCCGCGUCCGCAGCCUCCCAGCGGCCCAGGAGCGCCCCACGCACACGAGGCACCUCGGGCGGCGGCGGCGGCGCGCUGAGCAGUGAGAGCAGCCGAGGGAAGUACGUGUUCGGCUCCAGCACGCCCAAGUCCAUGUGGGGGCCGGUGGUGCGGCCAAAGGGUGCCGGCACGGGGGCCGGCGGCGGCGGCGGACUGUUGGACUCUCCAGGGCUGCUGGGGCUCACACGCUCCGUGACGUCGCUGGGGGGGUCGCCGGGCCGGGCCGCAGGCAGCCGAGGCGGCGGCGGCGGAGGGGGCACGACACCAGCGCGGCAGCGGCCGGCGACGCCGACCCGGAAUGCCGGAGUGCGGAGCGGCGCAGCGGCGGGGACUGCGGGAGGAGCAGCGCCCACGCAACGGCCCGCGUCAGCAGCUGCGCCGCCGUCACCGCGGCCUAGCGGCGGAGGCAGCGCCACUGCCGCCCGGGCUGGCCGGCGGCCUACAUCCGCCGCCGCCGCGCCGCCAAGCCCGAGCUCCCGGCCCCUGUCGGCAGCCCCCGCUGCUGCUGCCGCCGCCGGCACCCGCAACUCCACGGGCCCCCCUCCAACCCCACAACGGAGCACGGGGCGGCUGGGCGCCACUCCGACGCCACCUCCGCAGCCGCCCAGCGCCGCCGGGACCCGGGGCCGUACGGCGGCACCAGCAAGCACCCGGCCGCGGCGGGGCCUUUUGGACGGCGACACCACCAGCGGCGCCAGCGCCUCGCCCUCACCGGAGCGCGGGCCGCCUCGCCGCGUGGCCGCUGGCGCCGCCACUGCCGCCACCACCGCCGUCAGGCCUCAGCGGCCGAGCGGGACACUAACCGCGGAGAGCAGCCUCCUCAGUCCCCAGCCGUCGUCGCAGCGGGUUUCCCAGCUGUCAUCCCCCAAAGCCAGCACCACAGGCGGAGGCACCAGCAGUCGGCGGACAAGCCAGGGUAGUGUUCCCGCCACCCGAGCGGGGCCGGGGGCGGGGCCGGCGACACCUCCUCCCGCGGCCGGCCAGCAGCGAACAGCUGUGGGGGGUGCGGGGGCAGGAGCAGCUGCAGCAGCUGUUGCUGCUGGUGGUGCGGCUAGGAUGCCAUCGAUGGGCUCCGGGUCCGGUGGCAGCAUUCCUGGCUCCAUGCGCUCCUCCGACCCGCCUUCACCACUAGCAGCGCAGCGGCCCCUACCCAGCGCCGUGACGCCGCCGCGGUCUCCGCUGUCCCGCUCGUCUGUGGAGAUGUCGCCGGGCGGGCAGUCGCCGCUUUCGCGGUCGCCGCCGGCGGUGUCACCCGCGCGGUCGGGCUCCUUGACCCCGCCUGCCGCGGCAUCUAGCGGGGAGAUCCAGUAUGAGGAUGAUUUUGAUGGCGGGGUUCUACAUGCUGGGGAUGAUGAUGAUGAGUUUUAAGUACAUGAAGUCUUCUUGUUACAUAUUGACCCGUUUGAUAGGCAGUGGUGAGUUAUUGCGACGCGAAUAGCAGCUGGUUAUGGCUUAAGCGAGAUCAGGCUCUCGGAAGGCAGAUGAGAUGUGAUGGAGCGCGCGACGGACGUAUAGGACUUUACAUACCGGUAUUUGUACAUACUGUGACUAUACGGGCUACUAUAACGGCGGUAACCUGCGGUGGGCCGGCGGUCCCCGGGGACGUUAAUCCUAGGUCGUGUCGACGCCAGUUAGCAAGACCUCGUGUAAGGCUGUUCCUUG